AGUUCCCUCCACUCCGGGAGCAUUACACAACCCCUCAGGGCACUAUAAAUCCAGGAUUUCCCUUCGCUCCUCCCCGUGGUGGGACCUCCACCCACGAGCCAUGCAGAUCCUCCAGCUGCUCUUUGCAGUCAUUGUCAUUCUCCUCCUCCAGGACAUUCCGGCCAGAGGCCUUUCAGACAGCCAGCAGUGCAGGAACAACCGUGGCCGCUGCCGGAGGCUUUGCUUCCACAUGGAGCGCUGGGAAGGGAGCUGCGCGAACGGCCGCCAGCGCUGCUGCCGGUGAGAGUGGUCCCACCAGGACAGAGCCCAGCACCCCAGGAGAACCAGCCCGGUGACCCUGCAACCACAACUGUACAUAGGAUCUGCUCUCAGACACCUCCACGCUUGGUUUGUCCAUCACCAAUAAACCUGUUGGUUUCUUAUGUC